AUAGUUGAAAAUAAUUAUAUUGUACAACAUUUAGUUUUACAACACACUCACCAGAUCAUCCAGAUCUAAUAAAUCCUUUUUUUGAUCCAAAAAUGUUUAAUUCCCCAUGAUAUGAAUUAUGUAAUAAUAUGAAUGAUCAUUAAUUUGAUCAAUAAGGGAUCAAGGUUUUUGUGUAAUAUAGGUGUUUAUAAAUUAAAUGUAUGAAACAUCACUUGUCUCGGUUGUAAUAUGAUCUCAUUUCUAUCAAAAAUUAAUUAUAUUAUCAUUCAUUUUCCAAAUAAUUUGUGUUUAAUAACAUUACAAUCAAAUUUUAUUACAAUAAACACAUAAAAAUGAGCGGAGAUCAAACCAAGUCUGCCGAGUCAGGCAGUGGAGAACGACAGAAAGAAGAAGUUGGGAUUAUUCAACAAAUAAAAGAACGGUUAAAGGAUUUGGACAUCAAAUUUCCGACAGAAAUAGACCCUUAUAUUCCUAAGCUAAUAAUUGGUCUUGUUUAUAUGACGGCAUUUUUAAUGAGUUACCAGAUAAAUUUUGCUUCCGGUUAUUUUGGAUCAGGAUUAGGAAUUCCAUCACACAACGUAGGAAUAUUUGUUUCUAAAUUAACUAGUUAUCGAAGUUUUUUAAUGAUGUUUGGGUUUGCAUUCGGUUAUUUAAUUAACUUUAUUUGUAAUUUAGUUUCUCGGGGGCCUGGUCUUGAUAUUGCUCGAAAAGCUAUUAGUUUGUUUUUUUUAUAUCUCUUGGUGUCUUCUAGGUUUUUUAUAUUAUUUUUUAGUUUUCUAAAGAGUGACUUAUCAUAUAGACUUUAUUUGCUUUUAUGUAUAGAGUCUAUAGCGUCUGGCUUAUUCCAAAUGUUUCUUAUUUUACUUGUUCCACAUUACUUAUUUAUAACAUUCUUGUCUAUCCAUGUAUUGGCCUUUUUAUUCUUUAUAAUACAAUUUGUAUACGAUCCUUUUCUAUCUAUCAAACCUUUAAUAAUGAUAAAAAUACUGUUUUUCAUGUGUUUGGUUGUUACCAUUAUAGCAUUUGGAUUAUGGGCAUUUUAUCUCUUUUAUUACCAUGGUAAAGAUCCUAUUUUUUAUAAAGAAGAAUUAUACAAACAAAAUGAGAAUAUGGAAAAGGCAAUUUCUAUCUAUGUAAAAUUACUAAAACUGCCAAAAAAAGUGAAACCAAUUUUUGGAGAAUUAUCUGCCAAAUUUAAAGAAAAAGAUUUCCUAGCAGAUAUAACUAAAGAAUUAGAUGAGUCACAAUCAAUUAUAUCUGACAUUUUAAAUUUAAAUAAUGAUUUUUUUACUUUAUUAAAAGAUUGUAAAAAAUCUGUAAAUCAACAUAAUAAAAACUUGGAAAAACUUUACGAAGAAGUAAACGAAGAUAAAUCAGGUUCACAUGUAAAAAAUGACAAAACCAAAUUUACCAGCCAGAAAAGUAGGUAUUAUGCUAAUAAAUUUGUUAAAAAAGUUUACGAAUUAAAGCAAAUAUUUGAUGAAUCUAAAAAAGAUAAUUUGUUAAAUUUAUUAGAAAAGUUAUCAGAACUGGAAAAAGAAACAACAGAGGUUUUAAAAUUGUUUAAUAAUGGUGUAACUAAAAACUCGAUUGUUUUAACUUCUGAAAUUCUAAAUCUCCAAAAAAAAUUAAGUGAAAUUUAUGAUAAAUCAGACAACACGCCAUUUAAUUUUGAUAAUUUAUCUUCGAACACACUUAACAUUAAUGAUUUAUCUAAAGAAAUAGAUAAAAUUGACAAUUUACUCCAAGAAAAAAUAAAAUCAUUCAGCAAUUCUAUUGAUGGUUACGAACAAAAAAUUAGUGAAAUCAAAACAGACAUUGAAAAUAUAACUAAAUUCGAAAAUGAAAUUAUUAAAAUCUUACUUGAUGAAUCUGAUUAUAGAAUAUUUUGUUAUAUUAUGAUUACAGUGGCCUGCUUUUUUAGACAUUUUCUUUAUCCUUCAAUUAUUCCACAUGCUCUUUUAGAUGAAUCUCAAUCUCAAAUAAUAUUAUUACUAGGAAUUAUUAUAGAGCUAUUAUUUUGUUUUCCAGUAUUCAUUUUGGAUGAUAUUCUCAACAUUUUUACCCUCUUGAUUGAUAAAUAUUUUAUUUACGUUUGGACACUUGCUGGUCCUCCACUCAUUGUUUUGAUAUUUACAUUUCUGGCAAUUCACACAAAAAUACGUUUUUUUCACUUAAUAACGGAAUCCACGGGAAGGGUGUUAGUAAUGUCCUUGUUUUUGAUUUCUUGUUGUACUUUAAUGGAGUCUGUAAGUUAUGCAUGCCUUUCACAUUACGUUUUUUACCAGUUUGGAUUUUCUCACACAAAUCUCUUAUUUUUAUUAUUACAUCAACUUUUAGAGUUGUUUUGUACUUAUUUUUUCUCAAAGUUAUCAGCAGGAUACAAUCAUGCAAGGGUUCGAUUGGGCCAUUGUCUACCAACUUAUACCACUAAUUAUUAUAUGACCUCUUGUGAAGAAUUUUGGUGCAUGAUAAAAUGGACCUUAGAAUACACUUUCAAAGAUAUUUUCUUCUUUUUCAAAAUGAAUAUCAGACAGUAUCUCUGAUAAGAUUUAUAAUUUAUUUACCUAUUCAAUAUUUUUGUUAAAUA